UGACGCUUGCUCCAACGUAAAUUCACAGCAAAUCAAGCGUUUUACUUCUCUAACAUUGUUCUGAGAAAACCAAUAUGGAGGCAAAUGUGUAACGCCACUUCACGUUCAAAGGCAGUAAGAAGAAAAUCGGUUUUAUUAAUUUGAUUAGACACUAGAACAUUACACCAAAAUGCCACUUGGUUCAAAGCCGAUUUGUUCGACUUGUAAAGCGGGUAACUCGGCUAUAUGGAGGAAGGGUGGCGACGGAGAGGUGGUUUGUAAUUCAUGCAGCUUAAAAAAUGGAGGGACGAACGGAAAGGACGGUAACGGAAGCAAUGGAUCUGUUAUCUUAGCGAAAUCUAAUGGCAGUAACGGAGGAUCUGGACCGGUUCUCAGAAAAAGUGCCAGGAUCAAACCGUCCAAACAUAAAUUCCAGUCGGUAACAAAAGCAGUCGCUACGAAAGGGAAAAGCCGAAGAAUAAUUUUCAAGAAAAGUCAACCAGUGAAGGCACCGACUGCCAUUUCUACAGUCAUAACAGGGGACAGUGUUUUCCAUGAUGGCAGCUACUUUCAAAUUGGAGAUAUAGUUUCUUUGGUUGACCACGACUCUUCUGUGUACUACGCACAAAUACGGGGAUUCAUGAAGGACCAAUACAAUGAAAAGAGUGCCAUAAUCUCCUGGCUUCUGCCGUCACAAAGUAGUCCAAAGGAUAGGUUUGAUCCUGCAACAUAUAUAUUAGGCCCAGAAGAAGAUCUACCAAGGAAAAUGGAGUUCAUGGAAUUUGUUUGUCAUGCACCUUCAGACUAUUUCAAAUGUAAAUACGGUCCAUACCCAACAAUUUCUCGUGAUCCAAAUUUGUGCUAUGUGUGGACAAAUAUUCGACAACCCAUACAAGUUCACUCAACCAUAGACGAUUUGUUCAGUAUAAAGGAAAGGACAAAAGAUCUGACAUUGAUUAAGAAAACUGUCAAGGAGAAAGACUGUGGGAAAGGAAAAGAAAAGGAAAAAGAGAAAGUUGAAAAUGAGUGAAUUGUACGUAAUGAAAUAAAUUUGUUGUACAAACCAUAAUACAUAAAUGUUAAUGUCUAUGUUAUUAAAAAUAUUUCAAAAUAU